CGUCUUGUAUACAGUAUCUUUGUUCCGUACACCUGUUGCAACAUUUCAUUCCCCCUCUUCACGCACGGUCCCGCUUCAUGAUUCAUAACAAGAUUAUUAGCUCGACUGUAUUGAUAGUACCGUUUGAAAAUACAAAGCAAUAAAUUGGGUGUUGGAUUUCAAAAUUCUUAGUUUAGUUUUUCAUUGUCUAGUAGUAAAAUUCAGUUUGCUUUAAUUUUCUUUCUCUUUUUCAUUAGUUAAUUUGUUUAAAAUUUAAAAUUUUUUCAAUCACUUGAUAGUAAAAAUGAUUUGAUAUUAUAAAAAAAUGGUUUUAUUGAAGCUCAAGCUACUGGGCUUGGUUCAACUUAUACAGAUAUUCGUUUACCAUACGCACGCCAAUGAUUAUCAUUGGCCAAAUGAACUCAAAUCUACCAAAGGCUACACAGAAUGGUCAGGAGGAAUCAUUGCAAACCAACAUCGGCUCAAAGCUGACCAUAGUCCUUACUUUAUAUUGAAUAAUGUUAUUGUUGAAGAUACGGGUCAGCUUAUCAUUGAUCCUGGUGUAACGCUUAAGUUUUCACCAAAAACCGGAAUCACUGUGAAAGGAUCUAUUAUUGCUAAUGGUGAUGCACAUAACAAAAUUGUUAUGACAUCUAUUGCUAAUGUAGAAGAUACUGACGAUGGUUUAAGUCAGUCUUUAUCAAAUAUAAGACUUAUAGAUGGUCCUAGUGUACUAGCUGGACGUUUACAAUUAUUUUAUAAAGGUGCUUGGAGAUCAGUUUGUACAUCAACACAAUGGAAUAAUGCUGAUCUUCAAACAACAUGUCGAUACUUGGGUUACCGUGGAGGUAAAUUUUUACGUUGGAUGGAACCCAAAAGAGAUAAGCUUCAUACACGUCUUAUGUUGUCCAAUUUACAAUGCCAAGGGACUGAAAAUGAUUUAAUUAGUUGUAGUGGAUGGGAAAAUAAAAAAUUAGGAUUUGGUAGCUGUGACCUUAAACAAGAUAUUGCUAUUGAGUGUCAACCGUAUUAUGAAAAUAGCUAUGCUGUUAAAAGUUAUUGGAAAGGUCUUAAAUUUGAAAAAGCACAAUUCAAAAAAGCAUUAAUAAAUCACAAUACGCUUUAUCAACCUGUAUCAUUAUCUGAACUGAACCAUGUUAUAUUAACGUAUGCUGGUGUUGGUGCAGAAUUUAAGACCACUUCUGUUAUAGAAGUUGAUGGGGUCCCCCCAUUAUUGAAAAAUGUGUCAAUUUUGUAUUCUGCUUAUAAUGGAAUCAAUAUAACAACAUCGGAUUCUAUAUUAGAUUUACAAGAUUGUAUUAUAAAAAAUAAUAGAGGAUAUGGUAUUUUUAUGAAUUCUUCGUUUGGUCAAUUGAGUUUAAUGAAAACCCUAAUAUCCAACAAUAAAGGUGAUGGCAUACAUAUAGUUCAAGGCAAUUUUGAUCAUGAUCUCAUGAGUAAUGUAAACGAACUUUGUUCUCUUCCAACAACAACUAGUCAAAUAUUUCCUGUUCUUGCUACUGUUCAACAAAAUGGUUAUAAUGCUAAACAAAUUAAUUGUUUUAAGAGUUUAUUUACUAAAAUUGGACAAGUAUUAACUAUAAACAUUGAACAUACAAUUUCUCAUCAACUUGACAAUAACUCAUUUAUAUAUAUUUAUGAUGGAGAGGUAUCAACUCCUGAUAGGCUCUUAGCUACAAUUUCUGUACACAAUAAUACAGUACCACAAUCAGUGACAUCAAGUCGUAACAAUAUUUUAAUUCAAUUUUCUGCACCUUCUAGAGCAAAUGUGUUUGGUCUGCUCAGAAUAACAUCUGGAUUUGUAAAAUGGCAUAGUGUUAAUAUAUCUGAAAGCAUUCUGUCUGAUAAUAUUGGCUCUGGAUUAUUUGUUGAAAAUUUAUAUAGUGCUAUUUCAAUUUUCAACUCAUCUGUUCAUAACAAUAGUGGAAGUGCUGGAAUAAAUGUUUUUAAUGGUUCUGCUGAUAUUACUAUAUUAGGUUCUGAAAUAGUACAUAACAAUGGAUUUGGAAUUUUAACCAAUAAUAAUGGCGGUGUACGUAAUGUUACAUAUUCAUUAAUUAAAUCCAACUCAGGACCAGGAAUAGCUGUUAGACUACUAGACAAAAGUAUCAGCGAUGUACCUCAAAAGACAAUUUUAACCUACUCUCAAAUCACUAAUAAUACAGUAGAAAUUGAUGGCUGGUGUCAUGGAAAAUCACAAAUCAAUGUCACAGGAAAUGUUUUUAAUUUUAGCAUUUAUGCAUUAGAAAUAAAAUCAUGUAUUGAACGGCAAGCUAAAACUACUUAUGUAAUUAUAUCUUAUAACGAAUUUUCUAAUAAUAAAAAGUUAGCAAUACUUAUAAGACCUAUGCUUAACAUGGAUGCAAUAUUGGAAUUUAAUAAAUUCAAAAAACAAGAACAUGGCUGUAUAUUAAUUAGAAAUGAACAUUUUGAUGAGGAUUUUGAUGAAUCUUCUGUAACUGCUUUAUUGAGAUACAAUGAAUUUUAUGAUAAUAGUGGAAGUUUUGUUGUCAAUUUGGGAUUAAGUACUUAUAGUCAACUACACAAUUUAUUAUUUACAUGGAAUUAUUUAAAAAAUAAUAAAAUAAUUCAACCUUUUAAAUUGGUUUCGAGAAAUAGAGUGGCUGCAGUAGUUGUAGUUACUUCUUCUAAUGCACUUAUCAUCAGAAAUAUUAUUGAAAAUCCACUUUCCAAUUAUGAAAUAGGAGUACAGCUUGAAGAUCAAAGUCUUAUUGUAAAUACUACUUAUAAUUGGUUAGGAAGUACUGAUGAUCAUUUUAUAAUAAAUAGACUAUUUCAUAGGCGUGACCGGUAUAAUUUGGCAAAAAUUGAAUUUGUACCUUUCUUGUUACAUCCUACAAACCCUGGUACUACAUCAAUAAUGACUGUUUCUACAGUUGUUACACAAUUAUAUAAAGAACCCAGUGAUUUUGGUGGGGAAGUUGAUGGUGUUGAAACUGUGAAUAGCGGUGAAUAUAUUGUCACAAGAGAUAUUAAUGUUGCGUCUAGCGGAAAAUUAAUUAUUCAUCCCGAUGUUGUUUUGAAAUUUAGUCCUGGUGUUGGAAUUAUGGUUGCUGGAAAAUUAGAAGCUCGUGGAAGAGGUUUUAAUAAUAUAAAAUUUACUUUACAAGAUAAUUUAAGUUCUGAGACUAAUGAAACUAUUGACAAUAUUAAUGUAAAUUCCCAUGUACGGUUUACUGCUGGAAGAACGUUUACAGAAGGAAGACUUCAGGUAUAUUCUGAAGAAUUAGCUACAUGGGGAUCAAUUUGUGAUUAUGGUUGGACUAUUAAAAAUGCUGCAUUAGUAUGUCGUCAAAUGGGUUUAGUUUUAAAUCCUGAAAAUUGGAAAAUUGAUGCACCCAUUGCUGAUCCAUCAGAACUUGUACUAUAUACUAAUAUCACUUGUUCUGAUGAAGAUUUAGAUUUGGUGCAUUGUACAUUAGAGAAAGUAUUAGACUCUGAACAAUUAUGUGAUCAUUCAAAAUAUGUUGCAUUUCGAUGUGAAAAACCUAGUUGGGCAGGUUUAAGGUUGGGUGUAUUAGCAGAUACAUGUAACUUACAGUACAUUACAAUUGAAAAAGCUGGACUUUUUGACUAUAUUACUAAUCAAUUUGGGCCAGCUCUACAAGUUGAUUUGAAUAGACAUACAAUCGAGGGUGUUCGUAUCAUGAACAAUGCUGGAAAUGGCUUAGAAGUACUUUAUUCUGAUUUACAUAACAGUUUAAGUUAUAUUCGCAAUUCAGAAUUUAGUGAUAAUAAGGGAGCUGGGAUAUUUUUCAGACAGUUUGGUUUGACUAUUCAAGAUAGUACAAUUGAAAGAAAUAAAUAUGGUAUUCAACAUGACGUUGCAAUUAGCAUAGACAAACAAAGAGAACUAGCAGGAUGGUUUAAACCUUUUGCAUCAAGUUCAUAUCAAUAUAAACCCGUUUUAUUGCCUAAUGAAAUGUCUAAUUUGCAGAUAGACUUAAAACCUAAUGAAUUUAGAUAUAUUAUAACUAAACGAGUAUCAUCACAAUUAACUGAUCCAAUACAGUCAAAAAUUGUGUUUCAAUGUACAAAAAUUAAUAAUGUCAUUGGAAUCCAGAUGUUAAAUGUUCCUCAUAAUAAUACUAGUGAAAAAAUUGAAAUUCGUAAUAUUCAUAGUAACAAGAUUAAUGAUAAUAUUUUAUGGACAUGUAAUCGUGAUAUUGGAUUUUUCCCUACUCAAAGUAGUUCCAAUGGUAUAAUAUUAAAAUACAGUAGUGGAUUAAAUCCACGUGGAAAUAUUGUCCUUCUUAUAUCAUGCAUACCAGCUACAAUACACCAAGGAUUACUAAUUCAACCAGAACCAACAUUGUUUGUAAUAAAUACUGCUAUUAAAAGUAAUGAUAUUGGAGUAUUUGUUUCUUAUUACAGCGAAUUUAUGAGAGCAGAAAGUCACAAGUAUAAUAAUAAACCAAGAAAAGGUCAAUAUUACUUACGAGCAUUAAAUGAAACAUUAAAUUUAUACAACUGUGAUGUAUCUUAUAAUAAAAAUGAAGGUUUGCUAGUCCGUGAAAUUGAGCCAUUUUCAAUGCCUUUUGAACUGUUUAAUAAAUCCUGUAUUCAUAUUAUUGUUAAUAAUUCAAUAAUAGCAGAUAAUGGAAAAAUUAUUAUUCAUGAUUCAAAAGAUACCCAAAAUUCACUAAAUGUGUACAAAUGGGAGUUAACUGGAAAUUCUUUUGAGCGUAAUUUAAAAAAUGGUAUUCAGUUGACAUUACCAUAUUUAAAUUCAUAUGAUGAAAAUAUCACGCAUAUUGUUAUUAUCGAUAACAAUACAUUUGUUCACAAUACUAAUUUGAAUUUAAAUAUUGGAGGACAUUUUGCAAAAUUAAAUAUCACUCGUAAUACUUUACAAAAUAACAUCUGUAAAGAUGGUCUAAUAAUGAUUAAUGGUAUGGAAAAGUAUAUGCUCAUAUGGAAGAAUACAUUUAAUUUCAAUACUGGAGAAUUUAUGAUUAUGUUUAGAAUUAACAGUCAAUGUGAAAUUAUGAGUUCAGUAUUUGCACUGUUUCGGGAAAACAUUUUUAAUAGUAAUAUACGUUUACUUACUACAAGAUCUAUAUCUUCAUUGAUAAUAUUUGAUGGCAUUCAAAAUGUUAAAAUUGAUCGAAAUUUAAUGUCAUCUAGUAAUAAUAUGAAUUAUUAUGUUAUUGCUGGUCUGCAUACAUCAAGAACAAGUAAUGCAAUAAACAUGGCUAGUAAUUGGUGGGGAUCAGUUGAUAUAAAUCAUAUAAAAGAUCUAAUAUUUGAUUUUGAUGAUUGGAAUAACAAUGCGGUCACUGUUUACACUCCAUUUUUAAUAGAUGAUUCAUUUGAUGCAUCAUUAUCUAUGACUUGGGAUGAUCUUAAAUACAUUUCUAAUGGGAUAUUGGGCGGUAAAAUUUCAGAAUCAUUGACUAUUGCACCACAAGAAAAUGCUUUUAUAGUUUUAUCAGACAUAACUGUAAUGCCUGGUGCAACUUUGACUAUAUUGCCAGGAACUACGUUAGAGUUUGCACCUAAUGUUGGUAUCCUCGUUCUUGGGUCUUUGAUUGCUCAAGGAUAUACUGGUGGUGAAAUAACGUUUAAACCCAUUAAUAAAGCGAAGAUAUCACAUGCAAACCAUUUAAAAGCCAGGCCUACUAUACGGUUAAAUCAUGUGAAAAAUGUUGAUGAUUCAAGUACAAAUAUUUUUGGAUUUUUGGAAGUAUGGAAUAGUACUUUAUUGCAAUGGUUACCAACUUGCGAUCGCUCAUUUACUGAAGCUAAUGCUAAAGUUGUGUGUAAAGAAAUUGGUUCUAAUAGUAGUACCUUGAACAAUUGGUUUACUUGGAAAAAACAUUAUUAUAAUGAAAGUCAAAUGGUUGUUGCAGCUCAAAGUUGGCCUCAACAUUAUAGAUGUUUAGGAAAUGAGAAUAAUUUCAUGGAUUGUCCAAUUUUAAAUUUCACUGAUGAAUAUUUAACAUGUGAUUGGAAUGACGAAUCUUUUGUAUUUGUGUAUUGCACGGAAAGCAUUCUUUCAACAAAUCAACAACAUUGGGGAGGCAUAAGAUUUGCUAAUAACGAUUUUGAAGUAAAUGAUUAUACUGAAUACUUACAUGAUGAUAAAGAUCAUGGAUUGAAGCUAAAUGUUCAAUCUCAACUACAAUAUGCCCGUAUUGAUGGUGCUGGAAUUUUACAUAAUGAAUUAUCUCCAGCUGUUAUGAUGAUUGGAAAAUCUCCUUUCAUAAACUCAAUUAAUGUUACUAAUUCAGCAUCUCAUGGAAUAUCUGUUGUGACAUUCAAACAUCAAAACAUACAUCUCUUUUCUAAUUGGGUUGAAAAUAAUACUGGAAUAGGUAUAAACAUUAUAUCAUUAACUGGAGAAGGACAAGAAAAUGAUGAAAGUUCUUUUGAUGUAUUAAAACAAGUAAAUUUACCUAAAGAUACAUUUGGCUUAUUAGAUAUGUGUGAUUCAGUGAAAGAUAUUGUAGUUUAUGAACGAAUGAUUGUACACUUCAAAUAUAGUGACCAACCAUUAUCUUGUAUCAAAAUUUUCCGUAGUCAUUUGGGAUCAAAAUCGUUAGGCUUAAGAUUACUGCAGUUAAAUUUAGCUCACGAAAGUGAUUAUGUGAGCUUAUAUGAUGGAAUACUCUAUAAUAAAACUUCCGAAAUCAUUCGUUUUGUAAAAUCUCCAAAAUCUCAAAGGAGAAGAUUUAUUAAAUCCACAGUUGGUAGCAUUAGCUUAAAAACUACAGCUCGAGCAGCUUCUUCUCGAAACUAUGGAUUCAUUGCAGAAAUUGUAACUCUUCCUAUAGCUGCAAUUGGUUUUAAUCGCAAUACUGAACAUAAUAUUUCCUAUUCGAUUAUCAACAAUAACUUUAUGGGUGCUAUAAAUUAUGCGUGUGCUGGUGAGGUGAAUCCACAUAUUAGUGUAGCUUGGAAUAAAAUAAUCAACAAUUGUCGCCACAUUCCCAAUACUAACAUAAGUACAUGUGACAUGCCUAUUCAAUUUCAGUUACAAAAUACUCAAAGCUUACACUUUCAUAAUAAUCUUGUAAUGAAAAAUCAAGGUGGUCUUAAAGUGACAGCAGAUUCAAGUGGAUUUGCAACUACCUUGCAGGCAGUUAUCCAUAAUAAUUUAUUUACGGAAAAUGCAAAUUUGCCAGCAUUAAAUAUUACUGGUUUACGCAUAGCACCUCAACAACAUAUAACUAUAUACCGUAACUUUUUUUCUGACAAUAUUGCCCCAUAUGAAAAUAUUAUUCAACUUGUGCAGGUUAUUUCAAAUUUUACAUUCAAUUACAUUUAUAGCAAUAUUGGUUUUCAUAUACUACAGAUGUCUGGUUUUCAUGGAAUUCGAUUGCCAUUACAAUCAUCAACAUCACAUAAUGGAUUUUAUUGGAAUGAAGCAACCAACAUACAGAAUAAAGGGACAAUAUUUGCAUUAUCUAAUGGUCAAUAUUAUGUACAUAAUAUAUUUUAUAAUCCAGAAAAUAACUAUGAAAUAAUUGCUGCAACUAGUAAUAAUCGAUCAAAUGAUUAUAUUUAUGCUAUUGAUGGCUCUAUUGAUGCUCGUCACAAUUAUUGGGGAUUCAAUGAUUCAAUUGCUGUAUAUGGACGUAUCAAAGAUUAUAAAGAUGAAAUAGAGUUGAUGCCUGUUGAUGUAAUACCAUAUUAUUCAUCAAAUAAAACUCUUUUAGAGUCAGAAAAGUGUCCUCCACCAUGGAUUUUAAUGCCAACAUCUAAUACUUGCUACGCAUACAUUGCAGUACCAAUGAUGUUUCAUGAAGCUAAAACAUUUUGCACGACAAUGAAUGCUUCUAUGCCAUUCAUUACGGGUGAUUACUUGAGUAUCAGAAGAACACUGCAAUUACAAAUCUAUGACUAUGGAUUAAUAUGGGUUCAACACAUUGACUACAUUAGUCAGUGUACAGCUCUUGGUUUUAACAAGAUACAUACGAAUUUAGAAUGUACUUCUCGCAAUGCAUUCAUUUGUGAAAUGGAUCCUCAAGUGGUUAUAAAUCCAUUGAUAUGGCGUGAUGAUGUUGUCAAUAUAGCUGUAACUGGUUUAAUAUUUGGUUGCUUUAUUUGUGUGAUAUCUGUGUUAUGUUGCUGGUGGACUAAAUCAAAACGAAGACAAGUCCAAAGGCUAAACAGACGAAAUUCAAUUCGUCAAUCAUUAACAUCGUUACGAUCAUUGUCCCUGUCACAACCUGCAUUUUCUGAAUUAAAUUAUCGACGAAAACCAAUGAUUGAUAAUAGCAGUGGUUUUAAUACAAUAUCAACCAAAGCUAAUGGAAGUGCAGAUUCUAUUGUAAAAUCACAAUUUAAUUCAUCAGUUGAUGACUAUGAACCAAGUGAUUUAUAUGAAGUGCACAAUGUUAAUGAUCCUAUACACAUCGAAAAUGAUUAUGAUUUAGCUUAUAAAAACAAAGGGUUCCGUGACAAUUCUACAUUUGCAUCUACAGUGGGUAUGUGGACAGAUUUAAGUAGUCGAGGAGUAUAUAGUAGUGCAGAGAUACUUGAAACAAAUUUGGAUCAAGCUCCUUCACCUCCUCCUAGAUCACAUAGCCAACCGCUAGAAACCUCAAUGUGAUGCAAUUGUAUCCUACAUUCCUAUGUACCUAAUUUUAAAUUAAUAUUAUUAUCUUUAUUUAUAUUGCUUAUUUGAUCUCUCAUCCUAGAGACCACUCACCCAGUAUUUAUGUAUGAUUGAAUAUUUGAAGUAUUAAUAGUGUUUAAUUUACUAGUUAUUAUUUUUAAGGAAUAUUGUAGACAAAUUUUAUGCACUACACUGCCUAUGACUGUAUUCAAAAGUCCUUAAUAUUUUUUUUUCAUGGAUAUACAGGCACUAUUCUAGGUUAAGGGAAAUUUACAAGGUAUUGUUUUUUUUUUUGUUUUAUACAUAUUUAUAAAUUAUUUAAUCAUAUAGACUUUACUUAAUGUAUUGUGAUUGUAACGAAAAAGUAUUCCGUCCAGUUUACUAAUUAUUUAUCAUAUUUACUGUCCAAAAUAAAUUAAUCAACAUAAAUAAUAACAUGAUAG